UUACAUUUCUAGCAUCGCUGUAUGUUACCGGUAACUGUUCUUUAAGCGCCACCUGUGUGAGCGGCUUCGGCGGGAUCAGUACGGAUUGGAUCACAUCGCAUGUUUCGGAGGUUCACGGCUGUUCGUGAUGGCAGGAGAAAUGUCCAUACUGGGCUCCACUAUACUGGCCCUCUUCCUGGCCGGUUACCUGGGACAGCAGUACCUGCCGCCCCCCAAGCCCCGCGUGGUGGGUCUCGACCUGGGGACCACCUUCUGCUCCGUGGCGGUUUUCCACCCGGGAAUCGGGGAGGUGGAGGUGAUCGGGGACGAGCAGGGCAGGAAGAGCAUCCCCAGCGUGGUGUCGUUCACCUCCAAGGGCAUCCACGUGGGCUACGAGGGGCAGGAUCUGUCCCACAGCAACCCCCUGAGCACCAUCUAUGAUGCCAAGAGGUUCAUCGGCAAGGUUUUCGACCCCGAGGUCCUGGAGCAAGAAGCGGCCCGUUACCAGUUCAAGGUUCUGUCCAACAACGGCAGCGCAGAGUUUUUGGUCGCCACCAAUCACACGUUCACCGUGAGCCCCGAGUUCAUCGGUUCCCGCCUGCUGCUCAAAAUGAAGGAGAUGGCGGAGCGGCACCUGGGUGUGCCCAUCGAGAAGGCCGUUAUCUCCGUGCCCGCAGAAUUUGACGAGCGCCAGAGGAGCUACACCAUCAGGGCGGCCAACUUGGCUGGGCUGCACAUCCUGCGUGUGAUCAACGAGCCGACCGCCGCUGCCAUGGCCUACGGGCUGCACAAGGUGGAUGUGUCCAACGUGCUGGUGGUGGACCUGGGUGGCGGCACUCUGGACGUGUCCCUGCUGAACAAGCAGGGGGGCAUGUUUCUCACCAGGGCCAUGGCAGGGAACAGUAAGCUGGGUGGACAGGAUUUCAGCCAGAGGCUGCUGCAGCACGUCAUAGAGCGGAUCCGCCAGCAGUACGGGGUACCGCCCACCCACAAGGAGGACGUCCACUUGCUGAGACAAACCGUAGAGGCGGCCAAGCUCAACCUCACCACCCAGCGCAGUGUCAUCCUGAGGACCCCCCUGCACCUGGAGACAGGGGACGCCCUGCAUCCAGCCAGGCCAGUAGUGUUCGAGGCCCUCCUCACCAGGGAGCUUUUCGAGGAGCUGAACCACGACCUCUUCCAGAAGAUCCUCGUUCCCGUGGAGACCGUGUUGGCAGAAGGCGGGCUCAGCCGGGAGGAAGUGGAUGAGAUCGUCCUGGUGGGGGGCUCCACGCGCAUCCCGCGCAUCCGACAGAUCAUCAGCGACUACUUUGGCAAGGACCCCAACACCUCCGUAGACCCAGACCUGGCGGUGGUGACGGGCGUGGCCAUCCAGGCAGGCAUCAUGGGAGGUUCCUGGCCUCUGCAGGUCAGUGCCAUUGAGAUACCAAACAGGCACCUCCGCAAAACGAACUUCAGCUGAGGGCUCGGCGUGGGGUGCCCGGGGCUCGUGCCCAUCCCCUCAUGGUGCCAAGCCAUGUGGCUGAACUGUAUGCGAGUGUCCAUGUCCUCGCUCAUCUCAUCAACGUCACGAAACUGGGAUGAAGACAAGCAGAAGACUUCACAGCUAUGAUGGUUAUUAAAACAUUUAAACUAAAAUCUGAUAUACUGUUUCCCACUUACAACAAAUUCCACGUCUUUUAGUGAAUAACAGCACAACACUGGUAUGGGGACACAGUGGAAUUGUGCAUAUAUUUAUAUUUGCAUGUAUGUGUAAAAUGCUUGGUGCACUCUAAGUUCUAAGACUGACUGCUGAGCUGCAUGUGCCUUUUUCUUGGAAUCACAGCAGCACCACACAGGGUGCAGUGUUAGUACUUACUGACUGUACCAAGUAUACAUGGAUCAGUGUGAGUGGCCAAGUCACUGCAUGUACUGUUGAAGUCAUCAGCAGUUUAUUAACUGUGUGGACAGUUAAGGUGCAGUCCUGCUCUGAUCUGAACAGUGGAACAUGCAGCAUCAGCCAUCAGUCACCAGGACUGUGACCAGCAUAUCCGUGAAGAGCUAUUUAUUUAUUUCUAAGCGAGAGCGUGUGUACAAUGUGCCAGUGUUUGUUUGUUUUUUUUUUCCCCUUCCACUCCUUUUCUGUAUAUUUUUUAAAUUAAGGAUGUGCUUGUGCCUUUUCAGAAAGCUGCUGUUGUAAAGCUCCUGCUGUGCUGUUUAGACCUUCGGGACAUACAGCUAAUGAUGGUGCCAUUUGUUUUUUUUUUUUUCUUCUUAAAAUGGCAAAGUGAUUUGCAACAACUGGCACCUACAGUGUUCAUAAACACUGGAAGUGGGACCAUACCAGCAAAGCAUAGCAAAAACUGUGAAACACUGGAUUUUUCAUUCCUGCUGGAAAUUACAUCCCCAAAAGGACCAAAGUAGAUUGCUUUCAAGGACUGUGUUGUGCUGUUUUAUAUGAGACUAUGAAGGACAGUGUGUUGCUGACAUCUUGUCAGCUCAUGUACCUUGUGAGUAGUAUGUCCCAAAUGCAGAUUCAAAGCUCACAAAGUAUUUCUCCGUAGGCGUUUAGGAGCAGUUUUACGUUCCAUGUGGUUAAAUCUUUUUCAUGCAUGAAUGGUGUGACAAUAGAAAUGAUAUAUAUUCCAAGUUCUCUGUAAUUUUGAUGGAAUUGAUCCAUCUAAGGCAUACAAUGCAAUUAAAAUGUUAAACAAUUAUUUACCAUGUGUUUACCUUUAAGUUCUGUCACUUUCUUUGCUCUUAGCCUUUCCCACUCAGUCACUAUAAGGUCAUAUCUUUCAGUUCUAAUUGCUUUCAUAUCUUAUUACUUGUGUGUAAAUUUAAGUUGCAUACAUUGUUUAAAAGACCCAAGAUAUUCUGAUACAGAAAAUUAAA